AUGUUCGUCCAGCGCUCUGCUAUCGCCGCAGCAAGGCGUGUGGCCCCCCGCGCCAUUGCGACCCGCCGCACCUUCACCACCACCUUUGCCCGCUGGGAGUCCACCGAGAGCAAGGAGGCCAAGGAGAGCAACAUUGCGCAGAAGGAGACCGGUCACUCGGCCAACUCCCCCAGCGUCCUCGCAGGCUUCAAGAAGCUCGACCAAAUCAAGACCGAGGAGGACCUUCUGCCCCCUGGUGCGCAGCCCGGUACCGUUCCUACCGAUGCCGAGCAGGCGACCGGUCUUGAGCGUCUCGAAAUUCUCGGAAAGAUGCAGGGUAUCGAUAUCUUCGACAUGAGGCCAUUGGACGCCAGCCGUCUCGGUACGAUGGAGGACCCCAUCACCGUCAACUCGGCCGGUAACGAGCAGUACGUUGGUUGCACCGGUUUCCCCGCCGAUUCGCACAACGUCCUCUGGAUUACCCUUACCCGCGAGGAGCCCAAGUCCCGCUGCAUGGAGUGCGGAUCCGUAUACGAGAUGAAGUACGUUGGCCCGGCCGACGACGCCCACGGCCAUGACCACCACCACGCCGAGAACCCAUACCCCAGGCCCAAGAACAUGGCCGACUUCCUCAAGCCCGAGUACAGGGAGUUAUAA